GGAACAAAACUCAUACACAAGACCUACCGAUUUCACCACGACAUGCCGCAUGCUUAAUCAAAUACUAGAUAUUCUUGCAUAUCUACAUAUACGCGACCAACUAUAAUCCCUCAAAUGAACGCCCACGCCCUCCUGACCGCUCAAGGGUGGCGGGGCACCGGGCACUCGUUACACCCAACAAGCGACGAUAAGGGACUGAAGCACCACCUACUGAUCAAGCGCAACGAUGACGGGCGCGGUCUCGGAAGCAAAAAGGAUCACAAGCAAGAAGCAUGGUGGCUCAACGCCUUCGACCAAGCCCUCAAAGGCAUCGAUACCAAGACCGGCACGAUGAAACAGACAUUGCGCGGUGGUGCGCUGGAGAAGAUCACAGCGAAGGGCGCGGCUGGGAAAUAUACUGGCACGAGCGGUUUAUACUCAUGCUUUGUAAAAGGGGGCAUGAUGGAGGGAACCGUUGGGGUGAAAAUGGUGACGGGAUUGCCUACGCCGCCGGAGAGCGGAGUGGGCACACCGGCUGCCACGAACAGUAGCACGGACGAGGACGAGAAAGAAGAGAGGAAGGAAACUAAAGAGGAAAGGAGAGCAAGAAGAGAAGCGAGGAGGUUGAGAAAGGCGGAGAAGCAUAAGAGGAAAGAUGCGGAGGAACGGGCGGCAAGGAAGGUCGAGAAAAAGAAGGCGAAGAAGGCUGAGCGGCAACGGACUCAGGCUGGUGAGACUAAGGAGGAGCGUCGUGCGAGGAGAGAGGCGAGGCGGAAAAGGAAAGAGGAGAAGAGGACGCAGAGGGCGAAGUCUGGUGGAUGAGAAGGCUGUGGUUUCUGGGAUACAGUUACAUGAGAUCAUCUUCCUGGUCUUCUGUGAAAGGCGCUUCUGCUGUUGAGGUUUUCACAUCUUACGAAGUCCUCCACUUCGUCAUAUGGGGGGUCGACUAGACGGCAAUCCGACAGACGUAUAUGCCGAAGACUACCUAGGUGUACAAGAUGGUAUAUAUCCAAGUUGCCAUUUAUCACAAGAGGAUGAACAGCUCGCUUAUUCUAGUUCGUGCUCCUCGGUGGUAGCCGGCGUUCCAUAAUACCUCUGGUAUUCGAACAGGAUAACGAUAUAUAUGGUUACAAUAGAAGCAAGCGAUAGCAUGACAAUGGCAAGGAUCUUCGACGUGUUUUGGUCGUCGUCUUGUCCAUCUCGUUUGAGAUCAUCC